AUGGCCAUUCUACCACCCAUCAUGAGCGGCAGCCUAAGCCGUGCGCCAUGUAUCCUCCGCUCUCGACUCUACACCAUCGCCCGCCUCGCGUACCGCGGCAGACUUACACUCCCUGCCGCAGCACCACCCCCGCUCAGUCGUGCGCUACCACCAUCCCGGCCCAUCUCGACAGCGCCGCCCAAGGCACUGAGCAUGACCUCGCCUUCGCUGGAGCGGCACAAGUCAUCGCCCGAGCGCAGCAUCCAGCGGCAGAUCGCCGCCGGCAACAUCGACAAAUGGGGCUGGGUCGUGUACCGGACAGCGUACCAGCCCGAGCUGGACGCGGCCUGGGCGACGCUGCAGCGCCUGGUGCUCGAGAGCCUGCGUGAGUGCGUCGCCGAGUCUGACGCGCCUGAGAUCGCGGACCGGGUGGACUGGGUUUUUGUAGCGGACCUGGAGCUCGAGGGUGCGUCGUUGGAUGAGCUGAAGCGUAGGUUCCGGGCCUGUGCGCGCGUCGACGCCCCGUGCGACCUCGAUACGUACGAGCCUGGGACCAGCCGUGGCUCGCGUUACGACUUCUUCGUCCAGGCUGAACCUAUGCCGCUCUGCUCAGCGGCGCUCAUGGCAUGGGUCGAUCAGCUUCCGGAAGAGAAAGCGAUGGACGCGGAUGGGGAGCCUGUGGAUAAUGAGGAUUGGAUGAAGAUUCAGCUGGGCGUGGUUUCGCCUCAUUAUUAUGUCGAGCUGGGCGACGACGAGACUUGGUACGCCUACUACAGGCCGCCGCCGAAUGGCAUCUGUAUGCCGUGA